CUUCUGGGAAAAAGGAUGACAGUGACGACUCUGCCUGUGUCGGGCAACAUGAGGUCUGUCCCCGCCUCGUCCAGGACCUCCACAGUCUCGUCUGAAGGAUCCACAGGUUCCACAGUUUCUCGAUUCCAGCUGCUUUCUGUCGGGACCUCCAGACGCUGUGAGAUGCCGCUGUCUCGCUCCCUGUCCAUGACGUCCCUGAGCGGGCUGCUGCCGUCCUGGGAGGAGGACGAGCUGCCCGUGGAGGACCUGCUGCUGUUCGAGGUGGCCUGGGAGGUCACCAACAAAGUCGGAGGGAUCUACACGGUGAUUCAGACCAAAGCUAAGAUCACGGUGGACGAGUGGGGGGAGAACUACUUUAUGAUGGGGCCGUACUUCGAUCACAACUUUAAGACGCAGGUGGAGGGCUGCGAGCCGCCGCACCCCGCCAUCAGGAAGGCCAUGGACGCACUCAUCAACAACGGCUGCCAGGUCCAUUUUGGCCGCUGGCUGAUCGAGGGCAGUCCCUACGUGAUCCUGUUCGACGUGGGCUCUGCUGCCUGGAACCUGGACCGCUGGAAGGGGGACCUGUGGCACACCUGCAACAUCGGCCUGCCCUUCGAGGACCGCGAGGCCAACGACGCGCUCAUCCUGGGCUCCCUGAUCGCCUGGUUCUUCAAAGAGCUGACAGACGAGCUGGGAGACACACCGAAUGUCAUCGCUCAAUUCCACGAGUGGCAGGCGGGUCCAGGCCUUAUUCUCUCUCGCUCCCGCAAGAUCCCCAUGGCCACCAUCUUCACCACACACGCCACGCUGCUGGGACGAUACCUGUGUGCCGGGAACGCAGACUUCUACAACAACCUGGGCAAGUUUGACGUGGAUAAGGAGGCGGGCGAGAGGCAGAUCUACCAUCGUUACUGUCUGGAGCGAGCAGCCGUCCACUGCGCUCACGUCUUCACCACCGUCUCUCAGAUCACCGCCGUGGAAGCUCACCAGAUGCUGCACAGGAAGCCAGAUGUGGUGACGCCGAACGGUCUGAAUGUGAAGAAGUUCUCGGCGAUGCACGAGUUUCAGAACCUGCACGCCACCAGCAAGGCUCGCAUCCAGGAGUUUGUGAGAGGUCACUUCUACGGGCAUCUGGACUUUAACCUGGAGAAAACGCUCUUCUUCUUCAUCGCUGGACGCUACGAGUUCUCCAACAAAGGAGCGGAUAUCUUCCUUGAAUCGCUGUCCAGACUCAACUACCUGCUGCGGGUCCACAGAAACGACGUGACGGUCGUAGUUUUCUUCAUCAUGCCGGCUAAAACCAACAACUUCAACGUGGAGUCGCUGAAAGGUCAGGCGGUGCGCAAACAGCUCUGGGACACCGCUCACUCUGUGAAGGAGAAGUUUGGUAAAAACCUGUACGAGGCUCUGUUAAAAGGAGAGAUCCCAGACAUGAACUCCAUCCUGGACAGAGACGACUUCACCAUCAUGAAGAGAGCCAUCUACGCCACACAGAGACACAGCCUCCCUCCAGUGACCACUCACAACAUGCUGGACGACGCCACAGACCCCAUCCUGUCCAACGUCAGACGCAUCGGCCUCUUCAACUCCAGGAACGACCGCGUCAAGAUCAUCUUCCACCCUGAGUUCCUGUCCUCCACCAGUCCUCUGCUGCCCAUGGACUACGAGGACUUUGUCCGUGGCUGUAACCUCGGCGUGUUCCCGUCCUACUACGAGCCCUGGGGAUACACACCCGGUGAAUGUACUGUGAUGGGGAUCCCCAGUGUGACCACCAACCUGUCCGGUUUCGGCUGCUUCAUGGAGGAGCACGUCUCAGACCCUACUGCGUAUGGUAUUUACAUCGUGGACCGGCGGUUCCGUUCAGCGGACGAGUCGUGUAACCAGCUGACUCAGUUCAUGUUCAGUUUCUGUCAGCAGUCGCGCCGUCAGCGGAUCAUCCAGAGGAACCGAACCGAGAGGCUUUCUGAGCUGCUGGACUGGAGAUACCUGGGACGGUUCUACAUAAACGCUCGUCAUCUGACGCUGAGCAGAGCUUUCCCAGACAAGUUCAAGAUGGACCCCAUGGCGCCUCUGAAGAGCGAUGGUUUCCGUUACCCUCGUCCGUACUCGGUGCCCCCGUCACCCUCCGCCUCUGUCCAUUCGACCCCCCACCACAGCGACGCGGAGGACGACGACGAUGAGCCGUACGAUGAAGACGAGGAGGCUGAGAGGGACAGGCUGAACAUCAAGUCUCCGUUCGUGCUGGGAGCCGUGCCGGGAAACUGAAAUGGUGUGAUCACAUCCUCACUGUAAUGAAAUCAGCAUCCUGUACUGCUCCAAGUCUUUGCAUUUCCACUUCUGUUACACUAAAGGUUUCUUCAAAGUUUGAUGAUUUGUGAGAUAAUUAAAAAGCGUCAGUCACAAAACGAA